AUGUAUGUGUGGUUGUGUAAGCUUGCAUUAGAGCUGCCCAGUGCCUGCACAGCGUCUGCCCAGGCCAAGCACCUUGCAUCCAGCUCCAUCAUGGCGGUAAAUGCUUCAGCUUUGAGCAGCGCCUACCUGGCUGUGGAGUAUGUGGACUCCUUCCUGCCCCCCAACCCCCUGCAGCCCCCCCUCAAACAGGCUUGGGUCUACAUGCUGGACAACUACACCAAGUUCCAGAUCGCCACCUGGGGCUCUCUCAUCGUCCACGAGUUCAUCUACUUCCUCUUCUGCCUCCCCGGCUUCCUCUUCCAGUUCCUGCCGUUCAUGCAGAAAUACAAGAUUCAACAGGACAAACCAGAGACAUGGGAGAAACAGUGGAGAUGUUUCAAGAUGCUGCUGUUCAACCAUUUCUGCAUUCAGCUUCCUUUGAUCUGUGGAACGUACUUCUUUACCGAGUACUUCAACAUUCCAUAUGACUGGGACUCCAUGCCACGCUGGCCAUACAUUGUGGCCCAGUGCUUUGGCUGUGCAGUUGUGGAGGACACCUGGCAUUAUUUCCUCCACAGACUCCUGCACCACCGUCGGAUCUAUAAAUACAUCCACAAGGUCCACCAUGAGUUCACUUCUCCCUUUGGCAUGCAGGCUGAGUACGCCCACCCUUUGGAGACACUCAUCCUGGGAGCCGGCUUCUUCAUUGGCAUCAUGAUCUUCUGCAACCACGUCUUCUUCCUGUGGGCCUGGGUGUCCUUCCGGCUGCUGGAGACCAUAGAUGUGCACAGUGGAUACGACGUCCCACUCAACCCAAUGCACUUGAUUCCCUUCUAUGCUGGGACCCGUUUCCAUGACUUCCAUCACAUGAACUUUGUGGGAAACUACGCCUCUACCUUCACCUGGUGGGACAAGCUGCUCAACACUGAUAGCCAAUACAACAGAUUCAUGGACAAAAAGGACGGCAAGAAAGAACAAUAA